AUGCCGCCGUUGAAGCCAUUCGCGACCGCCGCAACCACUCUCCGAUCUCGCCUGACCCAUUCGCUUCGUACCCGUGGCGGAGGAGGCGGGCCGAGCCGCUGGACCACUCCGGGCCACGAGGAGCGGCCUAAGGGUUUCGCCUUCAACCGGACGCCGGAGCCGGCGGGGCAAUCGCGGAAAUGGGAGGACUGGGAGCUUCCGUGCUACCUCACCAGCUUCCUCACUGUCGUCAUUCUCGGAGUUGGCCUCAGCGCGAAGCCCGAUCUCACGAUCGAGACCUGGGCCCAUCACAAAGCCCUAGAACGCCUCGAAUUGGAAGCGUCGCAGCGCGCUGAUUCUGAUUGA